AAAACAGCUGUUUCUUUCGACUCCGCGGCGAGGGAGCACAUUGUGGUUCGGACGCCGCUGUCAGCCGAGCAGCAGUUCUUGGGAUGAAGCACCGGUCCUCCGGACACAGACGGGCCUCUGGUGUUUCCAUGGGGAACGGUGGGGGGUCUCCAGACAUCUAGUGGACUUGCAAGGCGCAGAACCGGCCUGUGAUGACUGUACCACCCAUGAUGGAAGAUCCUGUUCGCAUUGGGGAGGAUAAAUAUAUUUCCAAGAAGGAGCUCCUGGGGCACUUGAAGACCUACAACUACUAUUAUGAAGGACAGACAGCACAGCUCCGACACAGGGAGGAGGAGGAGGAGCUGGUCAUCGAAGGUCUCCUGAACAUCUCCUGGGGGCUGCGGCGACCAAUCCGGUUACAGAUGCAGGAUGACAACGAGCGUAUACGGCCACCUCCCUCAUCAACCUCCUGGCACUCCGGAUGCAGUGUGGAAGCACAGAGGCCGUCUAAACUGACGUGGGUGCUGCCAGACAUCAAGGUGGAAGAGUCAGAGAGUCCACCUGAGACCAGUGCUUCAGCCGCUCCCAGUGACACUAAGGCACAGGAUGGUGGCUCCACUGACCCGGGCAGCUCACAGCUAAUGCGAACAAAGAGUGACGCUGGAGUUCUUCGCAGAGACAAGUUGCGGUCGCCAAGCGACCAGCGGCGAAUCAGACGCCACCGCUUCUCCAUCAAUGGUCACUUCUACAACCACAAGACGUCCGUCUUCACUCCAGCCUUUGGCUCCAUCACAAACGUCCGAGUAAACAGCACCAUGAGCACUAUUCAGGUUCUCAACCUGCUCCUCAACAAGUUUAAGAUUGAAAACAGCUCAGAUGAGUUUGCACUUUACAUUGUCCACACCAGUGGAGAGAGAACAAAACUGAAGGAUUCGGACUACCCUCUCAUCACCCGGAUUCUUCAGGGACCUUGUGAGGCCAUAGCCAAAAUCUUCCUCAUGGAGAAGGACCUGGGAGAAGAAGUCACUUACGAUGUUGCCCAGUACAUCAAGUUUGAGAUGCCAGUGCUUCAAAGUUUUAUUGUAAAGUUGAAAGAAGAGGAAGAUCGCGAAGUGAAAAAGUUAACACGCAAAUACUCAGUGAUGCGUGCCAUUAUCGAGACCCGCGUACAGGAACUGACAGAGUCCUGGGCACAGAUGUGAGAUUCAUUCUAACUGAUGGAGUGACUGUUACAAAAUAGCUUUGGGAAGAUGUUUGUUGCUGUUGGCACCUGGAUGAUCAUGCAGAGACGAUGCUUUCCUGUGCUUGCCCUUGAGUAACGUGUCCCUGCGCCAUUCUGAAUCGCCCUUGCUACAACACAUUCAGGAUUCCUGAAUGACAUUGCUAAUCAUCCUGGAUUGCCUUGGAGUCUCCUGCAAUUGGAUCAAGCUACAAGACUCUGCUGUGAUUGAGACCCAGGAAAGCAACAGAACUAAUCAUGGACAUUUUUUUUAAGAAAAGAUUUUUUUUUCUAUUUUUUUUUAACACUUUUUAUUAGGCAAAGAAGCAUAGAAGUUGUGGGCUGGUGAGAAAAGACUGAAACAAAUUAAGUCUUGAUUUGAAGUUGCUCUUGGCAUGUAGGGGCUAGGAGGAUGGACAUAUUGAGUAAAGUGCAGGACAAUUCAAACUCUUCACCUCCAUUGUGAUGGAACAUCCAGUGAGACAUCGCAGUCACUGGCAACUCUGAAACUUCCCAGAUUUCACUUCCGAGGAAUACAGCUGCUGAUUGACUUGUGGUGAUCUGGGGAAGACUCGAUGCCUGCGGUUCCUUGGAGCACAGCCAAUUGUGACUCACACGUGAGGAAUGUUUUAUUGCAACAGGAACGCAAGGUGUUUUAUUAAACAGAAGCACACACAGGAUUGAGGAAUCCUUUACAGCAACAGCACAUGAGGUCAUGACACGAUGCUCUUGGCUUUGCCUUGCAGCUUGUAAGUCUGUUGUUGAAAAGUUUAGUUGGCUUCUCAGUCCUUCACGCUCUCUUCAUUCCUAGGACUCCCUGUUGUCCAGUUGACCUUUGUUCAGGCCAUGGACUUUUCGCAGACUAGAUAGCAGAUGAUGCUGCUAGAUGGAAGAACACUGCUCUUGGGAAGAUGUAAAAGAUUGGAUGGUAUGGUUGUGAACAUAGUAGAUUACAGCACAGUACAGGCCCUUUGGCCCACAAUGUUCUGCUGUCCUUUUACCCUAUUCUAAGAUCAAUCUAACCUUUCUCUUUUGCAUAACCCUUCUUUUCUAUCAUUCAUGUGCCUUUCUGAGUUUCUUAAAUGCCCCUAAUGUGUUUGCCUCUACCACCAUCACUAGCAGGGCAUUCCAUGCACCCACCACUCUGUGUAAGGAACUCUGAUGUUCCCCUGCAACCCCCAGAUACUUCCCUCUAAUCACCUUAAAAUUAUACUCCCUGAUAUUAACCAUUUCCACCCUGGGGAAAAGUCGCCAGCUAGCUAAUACAUCUAUGCCUCAUCUUGUAAAGCUCUGUCAAGUUACUUCUCAUUAUCCUUCUCUCCAAAGAGAAAAGUUCUAGCUCACGUAACCCAUCUUCAUAAGGCACACCCUCUAGAUCAGCAGCAUACUGGUAAAUCUCCUCUGCACCCUCUCUAAAGUUUACAUGUCCCUCAUAUAAUGAGGUCACUAGAGCUGAACCUAAUACUCCAAGUGUGGACUAACCAGGUUGCAGCAUAAAUAUUACCUUGUGGCACUUCAACUCAAUCCCCUGAUUAAUGACGGCCAGCAUACAACACACCUUUAUACCCUUAUGAACUUGCAUGGCAACUUAGAGGGAUCUAUUAUGGACGUAGAUCACUCUGUUUCUCUACACUGUUAAAAAUCCUCCAAUUAACUCUUUAAUCUGCCUUUCAACAUUACCUUGCAAAAUGAACAACUUCACACGUUUCUGGGCUGAAUUCCAUCCGCAAGUUUUCAGGCCAGCUCUGCAUCCUGUCUAUGUCACAUUGCAAACUACCGCCACCCUCCACACUAUCCACAACUCUGCCAAAGGUGUUCUCUUGCAUCUGAGAUCAGUGCUUGUCCCUCACUCAAGGUCACCAACAUGGAUUUCAUUGCUUUUCAGUACAGUUUGUGUCUGUAUUCAACUGUAUGCAACUGGUUAAUGAUAGCUCAAGGUUGUAACAGCUGCAAAUCUCCUAUACCCAGUUAAAACCAGUUGGGGGUUCCAACAACCUGUUGGCCACAGUUGAUCCACUGUAUGAAGCACCAGUGUAGUCCUCACCACAUUGGACAUAGAUUUCCCCAAAGGUAGACUGGCUGCUGAAGAUUGCUUACCAUGUUUAUCCAGCACAGUUUCUGAAGGAUCAGAGGGCACAGCCUCAGAAUACAAACAUGUCACUUAGAACAGAUGAGGUAGGCUUUCUUCAGCCAGAGGGUGAUGAAUUCGUUGCCACAGACAGCUGUGGGAACCAAAUCAUUGGGUGUAUUUAAAGCAGAGGUUGAUGGGUUAUUUUUAAGUACGGGUAUCAACGGUUAUGGGGAGAAGGCAGGAGAAUGUGGUUAGAGGGUUUUAAAAAAAAUCAGACAGGAUCAAAUCUUUAAAUCCUGGCUGAUUUUUAUCCCUCUCAUCUGCAUUGAAUUUGGAUGUGAAAGCAUACUUGAUUGGUCAAAUGCAUCAAUUUUGCUCUUAUGUCUUAUGUUUUUGAGGUCUAAGAUCACUGGGCUUGAUAGGAUGUGAGCACGAAGGGAUUGUUUCAGAUGAAAUUCUUCGGCAAAAGUUUACAGAUAAACCCAACACUGUUCUAGGAAACUCUGAUUCAACCUUCUGAGGUUAAGAUGCAGUUGUGCAGGGCUUGGAUGGCAAUCACACAGUGACUGUCGCAUUUAUAAAGCUAGUAACAUGAACAUUCGAGGAAGAAAGCCAACAAAAAGAUUGAAGGCCCACUUCUGUCUGUGUGUGUGUGUAGCAGGAGCUGCUCCGUAACUGGGCUGAAGUGGCAACCUGGCUCUCCAUCUCUGCUGGUGUUUAGUCAUCUUGCAUGGGUCAUUUCAAGGACUUUAUUGCACAGUUCCCAACACACUACCACCUCCACGGACACUAUGUCCCCCUUGGCUGCAAUGCACAAGAUGUUAUCCCAUUACCCAACUACUUCUCAAGAGCAUAUCUGGCCCAACUUGUUGGGGAUUGCAGCUCACUGGCAGGCUUUUGUGGAGCCAAGUUUAUGUUUAAACAUGUAGACUUUCCUCUCAUGUGGACGUUAUGAUAAAGAAAUGAACUGGUGAUUCCAAAUGCACGCAGUUUUACAUGUCACAUAUUUGAACACCUGUUCCCUUGAAUCAAACUGCUCAGUCUUUCCACACAGUAACCCUUCAACAUGCUGAAGAUAUUUUGUCCCCUGGCUUGUUUCUCGCACCGGGCAUGUUUGAAGCACUACUUGUUACAUGAGGGAGAUCUUCAGGUGACAGGAUCAUGUGGAUCUUUCAUCUUCUUUUGAGUUCCUGGGUGAACCUGGAGCACUGCUUGCUCCUGGUGAGAAAGUUGGCUGCCAUCAAUCUUUCCUACCUAAAGGUAUCAUACUUUGUCAGAGUAAAUUAGAAGGAAUGGGUAUUUUCCUUGACUCAAGCUUUGACUGAACUUGAUGUUUUAAUGUAAACAGCUCUACAUGAAAGAGACUAAUUGCCUUCCCUUCCAGAACAAUCUACCACUGUCUCAACGAUUACUGACACAGACUUGUCCACACUACUUCCGAACGGCUUCCAGGAAAGUCCACAAACCCCUCCUGGGAUGAGUUCUUCCAUCAGAACUCAAUGCCCUGAUGGUUUUGAUGUCUUUAAUCCUUUUAACAAAACCCUUUUUGUACAUAAUUGUUUCAUCAUAUUGCGACAAGGUCUAAAUAGCUACCUGAGAAAACCUUCCUUCUGCUGACCAGUAUAGUGCAUACUCCUUGGCUACCAUAUAGUCAUAUUAUUAAAGAUGCAGGGGUGUAAUAAAUGGACGACAUUGCCACUGGCACUUAGCACAAUGUGUAACAGAAAUAACCUACAUUUUGGUCAAGAAUAUGAACAUUAAGAUUUUGACCACUGGCUAUCUCACUGAUGCAGAAAGCACACAAUGUCUCAUUCAGAAAAUAAUUGCACUUUUGUUGUAUGUGAUACAAUUUUGGAGGUAAAUUUUGGCUAUAUACUUGACUUUAUUCAGAUUCUCCGGUUUGAAACUGCAGAAGCAAGACCAGUUUAACUGGCGGUAAGUUUUCUUUCUUGCUGUCUGUUAUGCUGCUGGCGUUUAGGGCAGAGAUAAAGGUCCUCCAUCUCUGUGUAAGAGAAUUCUUCAUUGCUAUUUUUGUAGCAAUUGUUUUUUUGACUAGACAGGGUCAUUAGCCCUGACGUUAUCGUAACCCCCGAGUCUGGAGGACUGGGGGUCUGACCUCUACUCUUUGACCUGUUUGGCAUGGGUGACCCUAUCAAGAGCCAAAGCGCAAGGCCCUGACUCCAGCCAGCGUAGCUCUCCAGGUCAUUGAGGCACGCAAGCCGCCAAACACUAUGAUGAGAUUAUGGUCCUCUUGGAGGAAGAUGGUUUUCACUUGUUACAAAUAACAUUUUUUGCUUUGGAAGUGUGUAUUUUGCAAGGUAUAUUUAGAGUUUUUUAUAAUAAUUGUUUAACAAGGCAGUAAGUUUCUGAAGAAUGUGGUUGUGGUAAAUAUGGUACAUGGUGUAAUGAGGGUAUGGACUAACAGGACAAACACUUUUUUAAAAAAGAGUGUUAUCCUUGAUCCUGACAGGCACAAAUGUUAAUGACCUAAGCGUUUCCUGAGAUGAAGGGAGUCUGUGUCACUGGAUCAGAAGGUGGAAGAAGUGAUGACACCGAGGCCCUAGUUCGAUGUAGAGCCUGCAAGUUCCUAGCAACCCUUGUUGAAUUCACUGCAGCUGCUCUUUCUUCCGACUGCUGCCUUUCCAAGGACACUGCCGCUGGCUGUCCUCCCGGUCAUCGGCUGCACUCCUUGUCUGAAGUAGGGUCAUUCUGAAUCUUGGGUGAACAAUUCAUCACCCAGUUUCCCUGGUUUAGGUGCUAACACAUUCCCGGUCAUCAAUUCUACCUACGCUGAAAACGAUUGUAAAUAGAAAAGUCUAUAUUUUUCUGUCAUUGCCGUUUCACACACAUUUCAGUAGCUGAAACUGUUAGCUAUUUUUAAAAGAAUGCAGUUAAAUAAAAUCUUCAUAAAUUAA